UGCCGCAUCUGCCACCCACCGGGGAUCCUCCACCGCCCUGCUCCGGUAGCGCGCAUGCCGCCUCCGCUCCACUACCGUCUCUCCAACCUCCACCGCCAGCCGGCGAGCCUCCCUGAAGCUUCCUCUAGACCCGAGGGUCACAGGUAAAUCCCCCACCCCAAACUCCCAAACCCUAACCUGAAAUUCCAAUCACCAAUUCAAUUUCUGGUAUAAUGUUGGUGAUUGAGAGAUAUCUAAAAAUCAAGCAUUUGAAGAGUAGUAAAUCUGAAAAAAAAGGAAUUCCCUCUUUAUAUAUGUGUCACCAUGAAACACCACCUCAUCGUACCACACUCUCCAAGUCCAAGGCUUCCAUUUCCAGCGAUGGAGCUCGCGGCAACGGUGUCCGUGGCCAUGGCAUUGGCGGCCAUCGUGGCCGUCUUCUUCCUCAGCUCCGUCCUCCCGCCACGCCGCCGGCGGAAGGCACUGAACCUUCCGCCGGGCCCCCGGGGUUGGCCGGUGAUCGGCAGCCUCGGCGUCCUGGCCGGCGCGCUCCCGCCGCACCGUGUGCUGGCGGCGCUCGCAACGCGCUACGGCCCGCUCAUGCACCUCCGCCUCGGAUCCUACCACGCCGUGGUGGCCACGUCGGCGGAAACCGCCCGUCUCGUCCUCAAGACCCACGACCUCGCGCUCGCCGACCGCCCGCCCACCGCCGCCGGCGAGAUCUUGGCCUACGGCUACCGGGGCAUCGUCCACACCCCGUACGGCGCCUACUGGCGCAUGACGCGCAAGCUCUGCGCCACCGAGCUCUUCUCGGCGCGCCGCGUGAUGUCGUUCGAGCGCGUCCGCUCGGAGGAGAUGCGCGCGCUGGUGCGCGGCCUCUUCCGGUGCGCCGGCGGCGUCGUCGCCGUCAGGGAGCACGUCACCUGCGCCACACUUCGGAACAUCCUCCGCAUGGCGGUGGGGGAGAAGUGGUCCGGCUGCUACGGUAGUGCCGAAGGCCAGGCGUUCCGGCGCACGCUGGACGAGGCGUUCUCGGUGGCCGGCGCGGUGAGCAACGUCGGCGAGUGGGUCCCGUGGCUUGGCUGGCUCGACUUGCAGGGAUGCGUCCGGCGGAUGAAGCGGCUGAGCGAGAUGUACGACCGGUUCAACGAGCAGAUCCUCGACGAGCACGAGGAGCGGCGGCGGCGAGCCGGAGCUGGCGAGUUCGUGGCCAGCGACCUCGUCGACGUGCUGUUGCAGCUCACCGAGGAAGGCAGGUCUGAGUCGUCGGAGGCCAAGCUCACGCGCGACGGUGUGAAGGCUUUCAUCCAGGACAUCAUCGCCGGCGGCACGGAGACCUCGGCGGUGACGAUAGAGUGGGCCAUGUCGGAGCUUCUCCUCCACCCGGACGCCAUGGCCGCCGCCACCGCCGAGCUCGACCGCGUCGUCGGUCGCGAGCGCUGGGUGACCGAGAGGGACCUGCCGGACCUCCCGUACAUCGACGCCGUCGUGAAGGAGACGCUGCGGCUGCACCCCGUGGCCCCGCUCCUGAUCCCGCACCACGUGCGCGAGGACACGGUGAUCGCCGGCUACGACGUCCCCGCCAGCGCGCGCAUGCUGGUGAACGUGUGGGCGAUUGCGCGCGACCCGGCGUCGUGGCCCGACGCGCCCGGCGCGUUCCGGCCGGAGAGGUUCCUUGGCGCCGGCGUGGACGUGCGCGGGGCGCACUUCGAGCUGCUGCCGUUCGGUGCCGGGCGGCGGAUCUGCCCGGCGUACGAACUCGGCAUGAAGCUGGUGGCCGGCGGCGUGGCGAACUUGGUGCAGGGGUUCGCGUGGAGGCUGCCGGACGGGGUGAAGCCGGAGGACGUGAGCAUGGAGGAGCACUUCGGGCUGUCCACGAAGCGGAAGGUGCCGUUCGUCGCCGUGGCGGAGCCCCGGCUGCCAGCGCACUUGUACGACGCCACCGACUGAUCUGGUUUACGCUUUACAAUAAGAUCUGCGUAGGUUUCAGGCGAAAACACAGGCCAUUCAUAUGUCGUUGGAGCUCAGAAAUUGUAUCGGAUCAUUAUUCCAAUGUUCAAUAAAGGAUCUGUCUAUGUCACUCGA